UCGUUUUUGCAACGCAGUGGCAACUCGUUACGUCAUUUUGCCUGUUCGUUGCUAGAGGUGGGAAAACUUUAAAACUUCGUUUACAUUGUUUACAUUGUUUUUGAUGUAACUGGCUGGCCAUGGACGACCCCGCCGGCAUGCCGGACCUGGCCAGCGUCUCCUUUGCCGAGGGCGAAGUGUCCUGCUUCCCGAGCUUCCGGCAACAGGUGAAGCACUCGCUGGACCUCUCGCUGGGCCAGAAGUCGUCGGAGAACCUCUUCGCCGCCGACCAGACCCCCACGCCCACGCGCCUGAUCAAGAACUGCGAUGAGGUGGGUCUGUUCGAGGACCUGCAGCACGUGAAUCCCUUUGACAUCGGGUUCCAGCGGGCGGCGGAGCAGAAUGUCAGUGGCAGCACUCCCAGUCGCCCGGAGGCGCCGCCAAUCGAAGGUGAAUCGCUGCACACGCCCCAGGUAUACCCCAUGGAGGCGCCAGCGCCUGGUAACUCCGGGGUCACGCGCAGCGACAGCUGCAGCAACGUGGACGUCGAGCAGCUGCUGGCCAGCACGGGAGUCACCAGCGAGCAGCAGGCAGAGGCAGAGGCAGGGCCACCGCCGCUCCAGCUAAUCCAGCCACAGGUCAUCACCUGGGUGCUGCCAGCGCAGUCAAUCAAUGCCCUGCCGCCAGCGGAUUCCCAGCGCAGCAAGACCUCAGUCAGCAGCACCAGUCGCCCCUAUAUCCUCCCCAAGCCCAGUUCAAGGUCAUCUGGGAGUGCCAGCAGGCGACCAGAUCCCAUUUUGGUGUCCUGCAAUCCACCGCAACCAGCUCCGGAGCCGAGCAGCGCCAGCCUGACCCCCACCUCCCAGCUGCCCAUCAAGGAGCGGCUCAAGGCCAUCCUGCACAGCAAUAACAGCAGCAACAGACGCCACUUCUCUGCCCCCUCGAAGCCGACGAAGCCCAAGGACAGGAGUCGGGACGAGGACUGCAUGGAGAGGCGACGGGCAGCCGCCAGUCGCUACCGCAACAAGAUGCGGAACGAGCACAAGGAUCUGCGUCAGCAGAAUGCCCAGCUGCAGCAGGAGAACCGGGAGCUGCUGGAGAGGAUCGCCCGCCUGGAGAGGGAGCUGCAGCAGCACAAGAGCCAGAAUAGCUUGGCAGAUGUAAUGGCCAACCAGCUCCAGAUUCCACCCUCCAGCAUCCAUUUGCUCAUCAAUAUGCCCAAUGUGCUAGUGCCUUCGCCUGCGGACAGGAAGUAGGACCCAGAAGAUGCCUUUAUUUAUUUUAUUUUCACGAUGCCAUGUAAAUAUUCCUAGCCUAGAAUUUAUUUGUACCUUAAGGCCGCCAUUUGUUAUGCUAAUUAAGAUUACGAGACAUUGUCUCCACGUCA